AUGAAACCUUUGGUAAAGGCGUUGAACAUCUUGCUGUCAGAGACCAACACGCACAUGGGGUGGCUCCUUCCAGUGAUUUCACAGCUGUCCACGAAGCUCAACAAUAUGGAAAGCUCCUCAAAGAUUUGCCUGCCACUCAUCAGAGCAAUUCAGGAUGGUGUCUCCAGACGCUUUGGUGAGAUGAAGGAGGAUCCAGAGCUCAUUGCUGCUGCCAUCCUCCUGCCUAAAUUCAAGAGCAACUGGACUGACAGAGCCGAUGUCAUUGAAGCAGGCCUGACCUAUGUGAGGCAGCACCUUGACAGGAUGGCAGAGGUGGAAGAGGUCGUUGGGCAAACUUCAUCUGAUGAUGAGGAGGACUUCUUCACAUCCAUGAAGGUCAGAAGAUCACAAGGCACGGGGGAGCUGGAUGGGUAUCUUGCCUGUGCAUCAAGUAAGAUGGAUCUCCUCCAGUCAUUUCCACACAUCAAGAAACUCGCUCUCAAACUCAACACAGGUCUGCCUGCGUCAGCUGCCUGUGAAAGGCUUUUCAGCUGUGCCGGCCUGCUUUUCACCCCGAAGCGCGCUAGGAUGAACGCAGUGAACUUUGAGAACCUGCUCAAACUGAACAGGAAGUUUAGAGAUUAA